AUGGAUGAUUUAAACGAAGAAUUUGAACCCCUCUUUGAUUACACUCGCAUUCAGCCGACCAAUUUUGUUUGUCUCGAUGAUGAUAGUCUUGAUGAAUCGCCGAUAAUCAUCCCGAAAAAGCGGAAAACCUCGGAUGCUGAGGAAGGAAAUAAACUUAAGAAGGAUGUGAAUGCGAAAGAUGUAAUCUCGAUUGACUGUGAUGGUGAUAGAAAUGACAAGGCCGAGGAUUGGAUGCCACCACCACUACCAAAGGAUUUAAAUCGUAGUUGUAAGAUUUUGGAGGAUGAUCCAACAUUGAAGGCCUUGAGAUUAAAAAGGCAAGAACUAGCAUCUUUUACCAUGUCAGCCGAUGAGUUGGUACGUGCUGUUGAAGAAUCUGUAAAGAAAACCUUUAAUGCUGAAUCACAAUCUCCUCCUCCUAAAACUGUCAAUAAAGAGCCCCUAAAGCCUCCUAAGGAGAGGUCAAAACUUGUUAUAUCCAUCCAAGACAAAGAAGGGCAUAAGCAAUUCCGGGUGUACAAGGAUGAUAAGUUCGAGCGACUCUUCAAGAUGUAUGCAGACCGGUGUAAGCUUGAUGUGAAGAACCUAGUUUUCUGCUUUGAUGGAGAUAAAGUUAGUCCAUCCGAAACUCCUGAUAGCCUUGGUAUGGAGGAUGAUGACAUCAUUGAAGUGCAUGUCAAGUCAGGUUGA